AAGUGAUUUGUUCAGGACAACACACCGAAGUUUCCUAGUAACUUCCUUGCAGAAGUGAUUUGUUCAGGUAUAUAUAGGAGACUGACAAUAGAGGAGGUCAGUAUAACCUGAGAAUCAAUCUGUCUCCCUCUCUCCCUCUCUCAGUGCUGUUUUUGUGUUUGAUUGCAGAAAAAGAGCAAGAACAACAAUGGGCAUCCUUGGUUUUGCAGAUAUGAAAAAUGACAAGAAGAAGAAGAAUGGCGACGGCGGCGGAGAACGGAAAACGAAGAAAGAUGCCAUAGACAAGCCAAAGGAAAAGCUAGAACAGAAGAAAUCCAAUGAGUUAGUCCAGCCUCAGUUGGCAACUGCGAUGCUGAAGGUGCAUUCGCAUUGCGACUGCGAUGGAUGUACCGAAAACAUUCAGAAAGUAGUCACCAAGACAAUUGACCGUGACGGAGUAUUCACGGCGUUUACUGCUAUAGGAUAUCAUCAGAUGGCCAUCGACGGCGCAAAUGGUCAAGUGACAGUCAAAGGGUCAAUGGACAUGAACGCUCUGGCCAAGUCACUGGAGCAAAAGCUGAAGCGUUAUGUUGAGAUUGUUCCACUUUCACCUCAGAAGGAAGAUGAGAAGAAAGAGAAAAUCGGAUGUGAUCACAAAGAAAAGGAUGGAGGAGAGAGAAAUAUUGGUGGCGAGGGUGACCUAGAUGGCGAAAAUACAGAAAAAAGAUAUGGUGAUGAAUUUGCGAAAUACGUCAAUGGCGACACGAAGAAACCGACGGUGAUCGGAAAAGUAAAUCCGGCUGAACUCCGACCAACGGUGGAUCAGAAGAAGGGCAAGAACAAUAACAAAGGCGAUGAAGGAGAGAAUGAAGUUAAACAGAGGAUCACGGUGAUUCGGACGGAAACCAAAAAGGCCAUCCGUGGAUUUCCACGUGUGGAAUCUGUAAUACACGACGAAGGCAACACGAACAAACAGACUGUAAUCAGAGAAGAACAUCCGUCGAGAUUCGGAGAAGCAGUUGAAAAUGUCCAGCAGGCCUCUCCUUUGCCAACAAAAGAUAAGAAAAAUGACAAGAAGAAGAAUGGCGACGACGGCUGCGGCGGCGAAGAACGGAAAACGAAGAAAGCUGCCAUAGACAAGCCAAAGGAAAAGCUAGAACAGAAGAAAUCCAAUGAGUUAGUCCAGCCUCAGUUGGCAACUGCGAUGCUGAAGGUGCAUUCGCAUUGCGACUGCGAUGGAUGUACCGACAACAUUCGGAAAGUAGUCACCAAGACAAUUGGAAAUCAUCAGAUGGCCAUCGACGGUGCAAAUGGUCAGGUGACAGUCAAAGGGUCAAUGGACGUGAACGCUCUGGCUAAAUCACUGGAGCGAAAGCUGAAGCGUUAUGUUGAGAUUGUUCCACUUUCACCCCAGAAGGAAGAUGAGAAAAAAGAUAAAAGCGGAUGUGAUCACAAAGAAUAGGAUGGAGUUGUUACUUACACAUUUUUAAUAUAUUUUUACAUAAUGUUUGAAGUAAUUAUUAGGAAAUUAUUUUUGUAAGUUAGGUUAUUGAUAGAAUAAUUUGUGGAUAAUUUCUUAGGUGGUUAUUAAAAGAGUGGAGUCAUGAGUAAGUUAGUUAUUAGGAUAGUUUUAUUAUCUUGUAUUUAAAGGUUUUCUUAUCAAUGAAAUAAAGAUAAUAAAUAUUAUAUUGAACUUUUUUGUAAAGUUUUGUAGAUAAGUUAUUCUCGAAUUAAACCAUGGGAGGUUUUCGUCCUCUCAAAGUAGGUUUUCUUUCUCAAUUUUAUUUGGUUUUGUUUUAUGAAUCACUUAAAAUCGUGCAUGUAACAGGAGGAGAGAGAAAUAUUGGUGCGAGGGUGGCCUAGAUGGCAAGAAGACAAAAAAAAGCUAUGGUGAGAAGAAUCAUAUGUGAUUGACAUUUGGUGACUUAGUGGAUUGAUUUGUUGGUCUAUCUCUAAUUUGUGUAUAAAAAGGUGAUGAAUUUGCAAAAUACUACAAUGGCGACACGAAGAAACUGACAUUGAUCGAAAAAGUAAAUCCGGCAGAACUCCGACCAACGGUGAAUCAAAAAAAGUGUAAGAAGCUCCAAAGGGUCUCUCCAAUAUUGCCAGGGGAAGACAAGAACAACAAGAAAGAGAAUGGCGGUGGCAGAGAAGAGAGGAAGGAGAAGAAGCAAGAGGCCAAACCCAAGCCAAAGGAAAAGCCGGAAGUGACAAAAUCGACGAAAUCUAAUGAGAGCCAACACUUGGCAUGAGAGAGAGGGAAUUCGUAGUCUUUCUGACUUGCACACACACUGGGGAGUUUAAACACGGGAGUUUGAGAGAUGUCGAGUGCAAGUGAAGGUCAAUUCGUCCAACCAGCCAUGCUGUGCUUUGAUGGUCAUUACGAUCAUUGGAGUAUGCUUAUGGAGAACUCCUUAAGGUCGAAAGAAUACUGGAGUUUGGUCGAGAAAGGAUAUGAUGAACCGCAAGCAAAUGCAAUUGUGACAGAAGCACAACAAAAGAGGCUCGAUGAUAUGAAACUCAAGGAUUUGAAGGUCAAGAAUUAUCUGUUUUAGGCAAUAGACAUAACAAUUCUUGAGACUAUCCUACAGAAGAACACGUCGAAACAAAUAUGGGAUUCGAUGAAAAAGAAGUACGAAGGGAAUGCUAGAGUAAAGCGUUCAGUCCUUCAAGCCCUGAGGAGAGAAUUUGAGACUCUCGAAAUGAAAUCAGGUGAAUGUAUUACUAAUUAUUUUAGUAGAGUUAUGUCAAUAAGUAACAAAAUGAGAUUUCAUGGGGGGCAAAUGCAUGAUGUCACCAUUGUAGAGAAAAUCCUUAGGUCCUUGACAGACAACUUCAACUAUAUUGUUUGUUCUAUCGAGGAGUAUAAGGAUACUGACACACUCACUUCAUUAAAUU